GUUUUUCCUUUUCCAAUAAAUAAUUGUGCAAAGCUGCAUCUGCUUCUCUAUUUAAAGAGAGUGGACGUCUUGAACUUUUAUCUCACUCAGAAUUGCAUACACUCUCUUCAAUUCAAUGGCAUUCCGUACUUCACCCUCUUCUUCGUCUUCUCUUUUUUCCGCUCCUAAAUGGUCUUACGAUGUAUUCUUGAGUUUUAGAGGAGAAGAUACUCGCAAUACUUUUGUUGCCCAUCUAUAUUCUGCUCUGAAACAUCUGGGAAUCCAUACCUACAUAGAUGAAAAAGAUCUCGAAAGAGGGGAGACAAUUUCACCCACACUUCUCAAAGUUAUUGAGGAGUCAAUAAUUUCUAUUAUUGUAUUAUCUUCAAAUUAUGCAUCAUCCUCAUGGUGUUUGGAGGAACUAACGCAGAUCCUUGAAUGUAAGGAAACAAAACAACAGAUUGUUCUACCAGUAUUUUACCAUGUGGAUCCGUCAGAAGUACGAAAUCAGAGAGGAAGUUUUGGAAAAGCAUUAGCUAAACAUCAAGAGAGGUUCAAGGAAGAUCCGAAGGUGCAGAGGUGGAAGGAAGCCCUACAAGAGGUUGGCAGUUUGGCUGGAGAACAUUUGGAAGACGGGAAUGAAUAUGAAUUUAUGCAUAAAAUCAUUCAACGGGUGGACUCACAAAUAGUUAAAUCUACAUACAAGUUAGACAUUGCUGAAUAUCCAAUUGGACUAGAGUCUCGUCUAAAAGACUUGAAUACUUGUUUAGGAAUUGGAAGGAAUGACAUUACUCUCAUGAUAGGGAUUUAUGGAAUUGGUGGAGUCGGUAAAACAACUAUCGCCAAAGCAGUCUUUAAUUCAAUUGGAAACCAAUUUGAAGCUAGAUGUUUUCUAGAAAAUGUUAGGGAGAUUUCUUGUCAAGUGAACGGUCUGGUCAAACUGCAAGAAAGACUUCUUGGUACGCUGCUCCAAACUUUUGGAAGUUUUAAUAUUGGCUGUGUUGGAGGUACUAAUAAUAUAAAGCAUAGGCUUUGCUCUAAAAGGAUACUUCUAAUUCUUGAUGAUGUGAAUGAGUCGCACCAAUUACAAGGAUUAGUUGGUGAUAAAAAUAUGUUCGGUCCAGGAAGUAGAAUAGUAAUAACAACAAGAGAUCAACGUCUAUUAACUUCUGGUAAUCAAGUUGAUUCAACGUACGAAGUGCAGGGAUUGGACGACAACCAAGCUAUUCAGCUAUUUAGUUGGCAUGCAUUUAAAAGAGACAGGCCAGUUGAAAGUUAUGUAGAACUCACAAAACGUAUAAUAGAUUAUGCUAAGGGCCUUCCACUAGUUCUUGUAGUGCUUGGUUCAGCUUUGUAUGAUAGAAGUAUACAAGAAUGGGAAAGUGCAUUUAAAAAGUAUGAAAGAAGUCCUCACAAGGAUAUUUAUGAAAUUUUUAAAAUAAGCUAUGACGGGCUAGAUGAUAAUGAAAAGGAUAUUUUCCUUGACAUUGCAUGUUUCUUCAAUGGGGAGUCAGUUGAAUAUGUCAUGGAAAUACUAGACACUUGUCAUUUUUCAGCAUCUUUGGGCAUUGCAAGGCUUAAAGAUAAGAGUCUCAUCAGUUUUGACAGAUAUGUGGUGAUGCAUGACUUAUUGCAAAAAAUGGGUAAAGAAAUUGUUCGACGGGAAUCACCUGGCAAACCUGGCGAACGUAGUAGAUUGUGGUUUCAUGAAGAUGUUCGCCAUGUAUUAGAAGAAAAUACGGGAACAAACAACAUUGAAGGGAUUUCGUUAGACUUUCCUGGAGGCCAUGACGAGAUACGCCUGCGUUCCAAGGCAUUUAUGAACAUGAAGAAUCUUCGACUGUUUAUAAAUCAUAACGCACAAAUCUCUGGAGUACCGAAAUAUCUCUCUAAUGAGUUAAGAAUGCUUCGUUGGAGUAAAUAUUCGUCGUCAUCUUUGCCAUCUAAUUUUAAUGGAAAUAAUCUCUGUAUAUUUCGAAUGCGACAUAGCCUCAUCAAGAAGUUGGAUGGCCUAAAACUCAAGAACUUGAGAGAAAUGGACUUAUCUUUUUCUAAAUUCUUGACAAAAAUACCCGAUCUUUCGAGUAGCGCAAAUUUAAAGAAGGUGCAUCUCCAAUAUUGUGAGAAUUUAGUUGAGGUUCAUUGUUCCGUUGGAUUCCUUGAUAAGCUUUCGGAUUUUCUUGUUAAUGGAUGCUCCAAGCUUAGGAUUUUUCCUGAAAGUUUCAAGUUGAGAUCUCUAUGUUUGCUUCAACUUUAUGAUUGCUCGAGUCUUCAAGACUUUCCCGAGAUUUUGUGUGAAAUGAAAUUUUUAUAUCAUAUAUGUCUUCGCGGCACUAGCAUAACAGAGCUGCCUUCAUCAAUUGAGAAGCUCACUGAACUUCAAUCCUUUGAUCUAAAUGGUACUGGAAUAAAAGAGCUACCAACAUCAAUUGGAAAGCUCACUAAACUUGAACGUUUAUCUGCAAGAGACUGCAAAGACCUUGUGCAUCUCCCAUCUAGCAUUCAUCAGUUGCACCGUCUAUGUUCUCUCAAACUCGACCGUUGUUCACAAGCAAUAAACAUUAGAGAGGUGGAGGAGGAUGGUACACAAAGCACGGCAUCUGUUGUGUGUAAAGGCCAAUAUGAAAUUGAAUCAAGUGCAGAAUUGACUUCGAUAAAUUCAAGCAUUUUUAAUGAUGGUUCCUCCUCAAGCGCGAAUUGGGCACCACUAGCUUUAAGUCUUCAAUUCUGUUGCCUAUCAGAAUCAAAUUUCUUCACGGAUGCUAACUACUUUCCCACUCUGGUUGAGUUAGAUCUAAGUGGGAGUGAUAUUGUUUUCUUUCCUCAAGGCGUCAGAUUUGCAGGGUUGAAAAACCUUUGCUUGAACAAUUGCAAGCAACUUGCAGAAAUUUUACCUCUUCCAUUGAGUAUAGCAAAAGUAGAAGCUCGGGGAUGCACGUCAUUGAAAAGUUUUGCAGAACUAUCUAAAAUAUUUUUUAAUAACAAUGGAAGGAAUUCAAGUGGCCUAAAGAUUGACUUGCAUGGAUGCCUUAAACUUCUUGUGAAUAUGAUGCUUCCGUCAUGGGAAGAGAGAGAUUCUAAGGAACAAAAUCGGGAAGACCACCUUGAAGCUAGAAUCAUGGGCAUUAUAUUUUCAGGAAAGGGGAUUCCAAGCUGGUUCAGCUAUCGGAGGGAGGCCGAUAAUAGUAAUUCGUGUGAAAUAGAUGAUAUUAAUGGGCCGCACUAUUGUGAUGACAUAGAAGAAAUUAUUUUAUGUGUUGUUAUUGGAUUUAGGAUCAUUAAACCAGGAAUGGAGGAGACUGAAAUUUGUGUUAGAAUCCAUGAUGGAUGGCUUUGGCAUGUCUUAUGUACUCAACAUAUAACAUUUGAUUGGACGGACUCUGACCAUGUAUGGAUGGGAUGCUCUGUGAUGCCUCACAUUGAAGGGGACAUUUCAAGGUUUAGAUUUGAAUGUGAUUCAGAGCUCGUGGUGUUUAAAAGUGUUGGGGUCCAUUUGGUAAAGAAGCAUGAAGGGAACGUAAGAGAUCAUGCAGGUUGGCUCCACGAAGAUGCUGGUGCCCAUUUUGAUGCAUCCAGCGAAGAAGUUGAAAAAUGGGUAGAUUUAAAUGAUGAUUAUCACCUUGUUAAGAGGCAUCGUACGUGAUGAAUAUGAUUGCGCAACCUGGAAUCCAUUUGGUACCUCAACAAAAGAAGCAUGCCUCAACCACGGGCAUCAGAAUUUCGGAGUUAGGGAAUGACGACGAGAAUCCAGAAGGAAGAUUUGGAUUUAGAGCUUAAAUUUGGGUGGUAAUUAAAAGGUGCAAUCUUCAACUUUCUUUGCUGUUUCGCUGCCUUCUUAGCAACCAGGUAAUGGGAUUCCAAUCAUAUCGUUAGCUAGUACUUUUAUAAUAUAGCCCCAAAUAUGACUUAGGCCACUCUUGAGCGGAUUGAGCUGAGAUAGUUUACCUUAAUUUGGCUAGCACCCGGUAGAUGUUCAUUGUUACAAAAUUACCUUAAUUGAGACCAAACCACUUUGAUUUUGGACUUAAAAGCUUAAUUUGGGCUGCCCUUCACUUUCUUUUGUUGCUCUGCAGUUAUGGCUCCAAGUGUUUUUCUUUCUCUUCUCCUUUGAACUGGCAUAGAGAUUAACUGACCUGGGUCCUGACAUUUGAUCAACUACUCUGAAGAAAAGAGACUGCUGCGCAGGCGCGCUAGAUUUUAACGACUCCCAUACCUUAUUAUUUUGUUUCAAAUUUUAAAAUUAUGGUACAUAAUUGCUACAUGAAUGAUGACGAUUUAACAAUGUAAUGAUGGUUUCCAGAUAAUGCUGGUCUGCAUGUGAUUAUCGUAUGGCAUGAGAUUAAAUGUGAAUCUGCGGACGUGAAGCUGUCGCUGCGACUCGCACCAAAUGCUGACGCAGAAGGUUUCUCUUUAAGCUGAUCGAUGCCAGAUUGUUCGUCAAAAGUUACGAGGCAGCAGGUGUGGGCUCUGGUGGCGUGAACUGAAAUGUUGGUCUUAAAACUUCUGGGCAUCUGAUUUACAGAAUGUGUCAUCGGGAUUUGUUAGAAAUAAUGAAAGAAUUCUUCUGGUCCUCUCCUCUCUCCGGAUCCACUUUUCGGCCAGAAAUAGAAACCGCAAGCUGAUCGGUUCCAGAUUCUUCGUCAAAGGUCACGAGGCAGCUGCACCAAAAUUUUGGUCAUGAAACCUAUGGGCAUCUGAUUUACAGAAUGUCUUUCUGCAUGAAUGGAACAGGAGUAUCCGAAACUGGAAGAAUCUCAGCUUGCAAAGGUAACAUCUUUGUUUGUAUAUUUUCACAAACGGUUGUUAUUCUAGUGGAACUUUUCUCCCCACACAUCCAUAUAUGGACUUAAGCCCUGUUGGCUGUUGGUGUUAGUGAUCAACAUAUAUGAUCCUUGGAGUCUUGUCUGAAAGUUUCUGAUCACAGUUUUGUGGGCAAGCAUGUUUUCAAGACAUUUGACGUUACUUGUUGCUUUAAUUUUGAUGUAAGAUUUUCAGCACAUGGUAUAUUAAAUGGAAAUAUCAAUUGCAGUUUUUAGAGUA